AUGUCGCCCUCCCAGGUCACGCCUCAGCAGCCAGAUGACAUUCCUCCCAAUGAGAAGAGUCAAUAUCGGAUGAUCAAGGAAGCUGGAUUCAACGGCAUGCAUGACUUCAUGUUAUCUUAUGGAUUGAAACCCUAUAAUUUCGAGGACUACGAUGAAGCGAAUCAGAUUAUAGACAGCAUGAGACGGUAUGACCAGGAGUAUUGGGAAGCCGAGCAGCAGGGAGGAUCCCAAGAGCACUACGAGAAUCAGGGAGAAGACUAUAGCGAGACUGAUCCCGAGUAUUGCGAGUACUGGGAAGCAGAGCCGGAUGAACAAGAAUAUGUGGGUUGGGAUGAAGGACCAAUUCCAUUCUAUCACGACCAGUAUGAAGGCUAUGAGGGAGGCCAGAGCCACUACGACUUCGAGGGCUGCGAGGCAGACAUGAGUGAGCCGCUCCAGGAGUGCUAUGAUCUUCCAGACUGUGGAAUGGAUGAUGGGUUCUGUGAUGACUAUUAUAAAAGUUGAGUUGAGGACUGGUGAGUAGACUCCCAAUUUGUGCGUUUUGCUCUACCUGGGUGCCUGCGAAGUAUACAAUAGGGCCUAACCUGAACGGUUCAGUGGCACUCUCCGGCAGGUACUACCGCUAUCCUCUGACAUGAUACUGGGCAGGAAAACAAAUUGUGCGUUUGGUGAAGGUUGAGGGAGUAUUGAACUUCUAAGG